AUGUUCAAAUACUCGCCGGGCGGCAUCAUGUCUGAUGCACAGGACAGCAAUUCCAGGAGAAAUGAGUCGAGAACACGCCAUGUCUUCUGCAUUGGAACCAAACGGGCCAAACCAGUCAAACCCGCCAGCUUUGAUUCUCUGAACAUCUCUCGCCCACCGAUAUCUCCCGUCGCGACGCCCAUCACCCUCUCGUCGCCCGCCGUCGUGCUCGUCGCCACGCCCGUUCGCAAUCGCGACACCCUCUUCCGCACUCUACCAUACCCGGCGCCUCCCAGCGCCUCCGGCAUACCUCCCGCCCGGCUGGCCGUCCCAUCGCCCUUCUUGCUUUUCACCACUCGCUCUUUCACUCGGCGUCUCUGGCCCAACACUCGCCUUUGCCGCUCUAUGACAUUCCUCUCAACAUCGUCAAAGCCUGCCCACGAUGACACCGAUGCCGACCACCCGCGCCAUGGUCAGCUAGCCCUCAAUGCUGCUCAGCAGCCCUCUAUAUCGGUAGAGCCUUCUCAAUCCACGCCAAUCCCCGUGCCUCGACACUCACACUUGGCGCCGCCCUCGCCCUACCAAAUGGCCACCUCCCCGAUUGAUCGCGCCCACUCGCCGCUCCGCCUGCAUAGAGAUUCCGCCGAGGCGUCGGCCAAUGCGCUCAGGAUUUCCACCGACGUUAUUUCAACAUCGACUGCCGUCACAUCCUUUCCCAGCUACCGCGAUGCCAUGGCCCCAAACACCCGCAACCUUUCGCCCCAGCGAAACCCUCUGAACAGGACCAACUCUGCCAAUUCUGUGCAGCUUGCGCGCACCCCCAGUCUCAAAGCCGCCUUGACAGGUGCUUUUGCUUCCUCCAAUGGCUCCAGCAGCAACAUCUCCAGCCCCGUCAUCAACGCCAUGGGCGACGUAACCCCGUUACCCAGUCCGCUCAUGUCAUCCGACUCGCCAGGGCCUUGGAAGCGCCUGAGUCUUGCUUCGACCUCGCCUCCUCAGUACCGAAGCAAACUUGACCUUGUCGGACAAACGAUGACGUCCAAUCCAAUCACCCUCAGCUCCCAGCCCAAUUCUACCUCUCCUCGGCGCAAGGCCUAUAUCAAUCAACUACAAGAUUCGGCACCUGCGCCGCCGCAGCCUACACCUUCCGCAACACAGAAGCCACACCACACGAGGAACCGAAGCGUCAGCGAAUACAUGCCUGACCCCAUCUCGAUUCAGAAACGACCCGUUGUGGUGUCGGGUACUCAUACUAGAAGAGACGGCACCGAGCAUCCAGAUGCUGGGCUGCGACGCGAGUCUCAUCUCGCCGCAUCGCGUGGACUGACUCCGACCCUCACCAAACCCCCUACCCCUCCUCCCAGUGCCUCGUCCAAAGACUCGUUGGACAGCCCGGUCAAGGCACAGGACCCGUCGUUUGAGUAUUUCAAGGCACGGAGUCGCAGCGAUCACAAGAACCGCCGCUGGAGAUCUGUCGGCUUCCUGGGCCGCGGCACGUUUAGUCGAGUCAUGCUCGCAACCAGCCAGAUUAUUCCUGAUGGCGACGGCCCCGAGAUGCUGGCAGGCACGCCAGCUGGAUGCCGUCUAGAUCGCAAGACGCUUGUUGCCGUCAAGGUGUGCGAGCAUGGACCCAAGGGCGGUGCUAGCGAGGACCGUGUCGAGAUGAGCCUCAAGCGCGAGCUGGAAAUCAUGCAAGCCAUUCACCACCCAUCGCUUCUCGAUCUGAAAGCGUGGAGUAUUGAGCCGACCCGUGCCAUCUUGGUCAUGAGCUUUUGUCCAGGUGGUGAUCUCUUUGACGUGACAAGUGCCCAUCGCAAGAGUCUGACAUCGUCUCUGAUGGGCCGCAUUGUGGCGGAACUCGUCUCUGCCCUUCGAUAUUUGCAUCAACAGAACAUUGUUCAUCGCGACAUCAAACUGGAAAAUGUUCUCGUCAACAUUCCUCCGGCCGAUCUGGCCAACACAAGCACCAAUUGGGCGACGUAUACACACUCGAUCAUUGCCCUCGCCGAUUUUGGCCUGUCCCGUCGUAUUACGCCCGGCGAGCAGCUCGAAACCCGCUGCGGAUCGGACGAUUACGCGCCACCCGAAGUCAUCAUGGGCCAGCCGUACGACGGACGCGCUACUGACGCCUGGUCCCUCGGCGUUCUCUUGUACGCGCUCCUCGAAGCGCGUCUUCCGUUUGACCCCCAUCCUGGCAUGAGCGACGCCCACCGCAUGCGCAGCCGCACCAGCCAUCGCAUCGCCCGCGUCGAGUGGCGCUGGGUCGAGUACGCCGGCGACGACGGCGACCACGAGGGUAACGAGGCCCUCUUUGAGCGCGCCGGCCUGCGCGGCGCCAUGCACGUCGUCGAGGGCUUGCUGCGACGCGCGCGCAACCGCUGGACGCUGGACCAGGUCGCGGCCGAGCCCUGGGUUUCCAACGCGGUGUCUGUCGACGGAGGCAUUCGCUUUAGGGAAGAGGAGGCUGGCGAGGAGGUUUCAUGA